AUGCUGACGCUCUCUUCCGGUCUUGGUGGCUCCUGAAAGGUUUUUGGGAUGCGCGCGAUGAGGUUGCUGGCAUUUGUGCUGCUGGCUCUAUUUGUUGUCACUCAUGCAGAGGAGGGGGCCAGGCUUUUGGCCUCUAAAUCUUUGCUAAACAGAUAUGCUGUGGAGGGUCGAGACCUGACUUUACAGUAUAACAUCUAUAAUGUUGGCUCAAGUGCUGCAUUAGAUGUGGAAUUGUCUGAUGAUUCCUUUCCUCCAGAAGACUUUGGCAUUGUUUCUGGAAUGCUCAAUGUCAAAUGGGACAGGAUUGCACCGGCUAGCAAUGUCUCCCAUACCGUGGUCCUGCGCCCUCUCAAGGCUGGCUACUUCAACUUCACCUCAGCGACUAUUACAUACCUGGCCCAGGAGGAUGGGCCUGUUGUGGUUGGUUUUACCAGUGCCCCUGGACAGGGAGGAAUCCUGGCUCAGCGGGAGUUUGAUAGGAGAUUCUCACCCCACUUUCUGGACUGGGCAGCAUUUGGGGUCAUGACCCUUCCCUCCAUCGGCAUCCCCUUGCUGCUGUGGUACUCCAGCAAGAGGAAAUACGACACUCCUAAACCCAAGAAGAACUGA